CACAGCUGCAGAACAUCAGCGAGCACUAAGCAGUUCUUUGAAUGAACUGUGACAAGGUGUUGUUCUUUCCCCCUUCCCCCAUCUUCUGUCUUCCGGGAACACUAAUAGGCUCCAUGCAGAGUAAUGUGACCAACUGAAUCAUCCUCACCCCAGAGCUGGAAGCUGCAGAUCAGAGGAGCUGUGCUCAGUCCCACUCCCACACUGAAAAACUGCUCUGGAGUGACACUUUCUGCUAAGGAUUUCUUGGAUAGUAAACCUCAUCUUCCAAGGAUCUAAAAGCACAGUCUCUCUAUUUGCUUCAGCCACUUUUCCCACUUGUCAGACCUCAGAUCAGCUCUAAGGUGAAAAGGUCAUAGGGCCCGUGUAGCCCUGACUACAGUAAUAGGAUCAUCGUCACCUUCACUUUGCCCAUAAGCAUGACAACCAAAUCGAACAGCAGUGUUCUGGGUGGCAAGGCUUCCUCAUCACCUCUCCUGUCCCCUCCACCUCACCAGCGUCUGAUCACCAAAGAUGGACACUGUGCACUUCGCCCCACUGUGUGUUCUUCAGGCUCAUGGCAUGAGACUUUACGCAGAGCCUGGCUGUUGGCCCUGCAGGAUGUGUGGGGACUGUUAGUGAGUCUGCGCUGGAGAUGGGUCCUUCUGGCCUUCUGCACCUCUUUCCUGGCCCACUGGCUGUUGUUUGCCUGUCUGUGGUACUUGCUGGCACACCUAAAUGGGGACCUUGCUGUUCAGGAUCAUGAUGCGCCCCCACAGGGGCAUGUGCUCUGUGUAAAGCACAUUACAAGCUUCACUGCUGCGUUUUCCUUCUCCCUGGAGACUCAGCUAACCAUCGGCUAUGGCACUAUGUUCCCCAGUGGAGACUGCCCUAGUGCUAUAGCACUUUUGGCUGUACAGAUGCUGCUUGGACUCAUGCUGGAAGCAUUUAUCACAGGUGCAUUUGUAGCCAAGAUUGCCCGCCCCCAGAAGCGAGCAGGAGCCAUCCAAUUCAGCCACCAGGCAGUGGUGGGCCAACACCUGGGUCAGACAUGCCUCAUGCUACGAGUCACCAAUCUGCUGCAGCGACCUCUGGUGGAUGUAAAGGUGAGUGCUGUGCUAUAUGAGGAGCAUGAAGGCCAAGCUCUACACCAGACUUCAUUGGACUUCUAUUUGGACCAUCUGGGCCAGCAGCCAUGCCCCUUCUUCAUUUUUCCACUCACCUUUUACCACCCCCUGGACCGUCGGAGCCCUCUGUACCCUGUCCUGUGUGAGGGCUCAUCAACCCACUUUGAGUUAGUUGUCUUCCUAUCAGCCUUGCAGGAGGGAACUGGUGACACUUGCCAGAAGAGGACCUCUUACCUGCGCCAAGAAAUCCAGUUUGACCGCCGCUUUGUCCCUGCUUUGGGGUUGGAUGCCUGUGGAAGGUACACAGUGAGCAACCAGCACUUUGAUACAGCCCACUCAAAAGAGCCUAUGAACAAGGACUGUGUGGUGCAGAUCAACGGUGAUGGCAAUGAGAGGAUGGAGUAAGAAUGCUGAAGGGAAGAUUCUCAAAAAGACAGAGAGAAUAUGCAAGUGGAGGCAAAUAUUUGUUGUCAGGAGGUAUUUGAUUGAAUUUGGUAAAUUUGAAUUUAUGAUUCAACAUUAUAAAAAUUCAAAUGUAUGCCAGAUAUAUAUAAGUACUGCUGCAGGCUCCCUCACCUCCUCCCUCAAAUCACUUCAAGCCCUCAGUGCUCAAAGCAGGGGAACCAGUAACUACUGGCAGUUAUAUUAGUUAAAAUGACUGACUAGCAAGGAUGGAAGAAUGUGUGUGGAGUGGGGUAUAGGGAGAUGUGAGUGUCUGAACAUUUCUUACUUAAGGGAAAGUAAUUCAAGAUGAUGAAAAUGCAAGGAUCAUAGAGGAAGUUACAUGACUGAAUAAGAACAGUUUAAACUGUUCUGUUCUCACACUUCAAACUUACAAGGUACGAUCAAAACGCUCUGUCACUCCACUCAUAAAAAUACACAAUUUAAAUUUAGUCUUCACAUUCAUCACCUUAUCAACAGCACUUGAGUGCUACUGCAGUUUCAGUGUCAUGUUUGCCCCAUUACUGUAUUUUUAACCACACUAACAGACAGUUGCUACUCACCAACUGCACAUCUUGCCAGAUUUGGUUAAUUCUUUUCUCCAAAAUCAAAUGAAAGUUGCAGAAUUGCUGUGCUUAAAGAAUGACCCAGAAAAAUCCAUGGUUAGAAGUGGAGCCAAAAUUUAAAUCUGUUAUAGGUUUUCCUUUUUAUUUGGUGAGCCAUGGAGCAGUAUUAUUGCAUCUUUUGUCAACUCAAUUUUCACGCUUCACAUACAAGGGAAAGAUAUUUAUUGAAUUCCAAGUAAGCAAUUUACUGUUUAGAAAUUCAGAUGUACCAUGUUCAAAUGUAAUACCUGCUUUGAGGAAUAACUGACUUAAGCUAGCUAAAGGGUAGGUCCUGAUAGCCUUAACAGGAACAACAUAGGAAUAUUUCUUGACUGGGACCAGACAUAAACAGCUGGUUGCCAGAAUAAACUUUUACAUUUCCCAGCUACAACAAGCAAUACAGUACAUGACAACUGAAUGAUCCAGAAAGCGACACAGUUGGCCAGCAGGAAUAUUCUGGGUUUGAAUAAGGAGUUUGCAUGUUGUCAUCCUUGCCUGUGAGUGCCCUGUAGCAACACUACAUUACCUGUUUAUAGAGGUUAUAUAAUUGCUUAUUUGUCUUUAUUAUCAAAUUAAAUAAAAUUAGUUUUCUAGCAAAAAUACAUUUGAGAGCAAAGAUAUAAAAGCAGCACUCACAAAAUGUACAUGUUAUUAAAACGUGACUGAAAAGGUCAGGAUAACAAUAAGUACAGUGAUCUGCAGUAACAUUUGCAAGCAUGCUCACAGUGACAAUGAAAAAUUCAGACUCAUCUCUCUUUCUUCCAUAGAUUUAUCCUGCCAACAGGCUAGGUCUGGUUGAUCUUGUAAAGCCAUGGGCUUUGAAACAGGGUACAUGGUGUAACAGUGACUGAAGAAAAAUGAUAAGAAAAACAGGGUAAUGUUUGACAGUACAAUUUUUCCUAUCCUUUACCUACGUGAGUAUUCAAAGUUGAGAUUAAACUUUGCUGACUGUUAACUUUACUGAAUAAUUUAUAUAUGACAGAAAAAAAGGAGAUGACUAGCAAUAUACAAUUCAUAGGUGCAGCAGCAGUACUGGAAGUGCUGACAGUAAAGCAAGGGACAAAAUUAAGAAACUCUUCUCUGGCAUUCAUGUUGUUAAUUCUUAUGGUCUAGCAGCUGAAUUGACGGUACUGUAGACUAGCAGCAUGAGCUGACAAUCACAAUAUAAUAUCAGAUGGUUGUUAUGGUAAGCUGCUACGGAUAAUCCCUGGAAUCCCAUUAGAACAAAGACACUCAUGAUGUAAAGUGAACUGUGUAACAUUAGACUUACCUGCUUGGCAUAUGGCUCAGUAGUAAUUUAUAGAAUGAUAAUGACUGCUGAUUGGUCUAUGGAUUAAACCUUUUCUUUUGAAAAAUAAUUGUCUCAAUCAUUAUGCAAAUACAAAAAUGAAUAAUUUUCAUUUUUUCCAAUGUUAAAUGUUUUUAUAUUAAGCAAAGAAAGCUAGUAGGUAGAAUAGCUAAAUUUAGCAUUUAGAAUAGUUUCUCUUUUAAGGCUGUUCAUAUAAUGAGAAUCUAUGCGUUAUCUAUAUGGUAUAUUAUAAAGGAAAUCAUGUAGUGACUUCAAGCUAAAGUGAGGAAAUGUUCCUUCAAAUGUGUAUGUGCCUUUGUACAGUGUACAUUACAGGAAAUAAAUAUUUUCUAAACAAACUGUGAAGUUCAGACUUCUUAAAUUUUUCUUAGCUAGAUUAUCAUGCCCAUGACAACUGCUGAUUCUUUUGAAAAACUAUUUCCUGGAAGAUUGGUUUUUGUCACAAAAAGACCUUACCACAAAGUGUUGAAGAACCAAACAUGGUAACAGAAACCUAAAUGUUUAUUUGGUGUCAUUUCCCUUGUUCAAAGAUUUAAAAAAAAAAAAAACAAAAAAAAACAAAAAAAAAACAAGACUGUCAAGACAUGGUACCAAAUUCCUACACUCCCCACAGCACACAGCAGCAAGAUGUAAGAUGCUGGCACAGCGUACACUGAGCAGCUGGAACACUGUCAAUGAAGAGGAUCAUGUGGGACUUUGAGAGUUGUAGCCCAUAAUGACCUCUUUCACUGUCACACCUGUUUUCUGUUCCUUGUUAACUACAAUUUUGUGUAAUAAUUAGUCAACA